CGAAGGAUAUGAUUAUAGCACAUGAGCUCACAAGGAAAUGAUCUUUCAUUAGUGGCGAAGGAACGAAGGGCAGUGUCAUUAUCCGUGCAGGAAAGAUGAGAGAAAGCUGGACGACGUAAAAACUUUAGGGGUGACAUCGUUUCUCCGUGAUUAAACCACGGCGAGCAGGAAACGAUAGCAAUUACUGUACACAGAGACCAGCUCAGCUCGGCCCGGCCCACGUGUCGGAUCGGCUCGGCUCGGCUCGAACCCUCCGCCCUACAGGAACCCUGGAGCGAGGAGAUAAGGAAAGGGGCGCUGCUAAUUUUAUACAGGAAAAGCAGGAAAUGUGACAGUUUCCCUCUAGAAAAACAGUGUGAGGCAGGCAGGCUGGCUGGCUGGCCUUGGAGGGGAUCCUGUGGAAUACAGGGAGGAGGAAAGAAGGAAAAAAAAAAGAGAUAGACAAAGCAGAGAGUGAAUUCAGAGGAAUAUACUAGAGGCUGGAGGAGUGAAGGAGCUGAAGGACCAGAGUGAAUGUACAUCUCGGCUCCCUUCUUCUCGGUCAGUCCGGACGGAGCGAUGGCCGAUAACAGCACUCAUCCCAUCCUGGAAAUACUUCAGUCCUUCAGCACGAGAGACGUGAUCCUUGCGUUCUGUUUGUCCAUGGUGGUGGGACUCCUGCUGGGCGCUUUGGUGUACGUGGUCCUCACUUGGAUGGCACGUCGUCGUGCGUCUGCCACCAUCACCCGCAUGCCGGCGCCGCGGUCCUCGGGCCGCCCGUCGUCCCCCCGCACUCGCCCCGUCUUCAGUCGCCAGAGCAGUGCCUACGACCGGCGCAGCAACAACAGCCUGGCCAGUGCCGCCUUCUCCUUCCAUCGGCAAACCACGUCGUCACCCGUCGAUCACGCCGACCUACUGGGUCGCAAAGACAGCUUCAGGGCCUCCACCUUCCACCCACUGAUCCAGUGCAGCCAGAUCGCUCGCGAGGCCGAGGAAGGAAACCACGGCACCCUGACCAGCAGCGCCGGAGCCACCGGCACUAACAGCACAGCCAGCUCCAUGGUCACUCCACCAAGGCCCAGGCCCAGACCGGACUCCUUCUGGGGCAACAGCACUCUGAGAAGCUUAAGUGUCACACAGACCCCUCCACCAGCGUAUGACAGCAUCAUACGGGCCUAUCAGGAGACCAGCACUUGAGGCAUGAGUAUAAAACGCCCCCUUGUGGAGGAGAACGUUCAUAGCCCUGGAUAUGAUAAGAGACUAGAUGAUCUCUUGUUGAAUUGCGAGCUGCUUUUCAAUGCACAGUGUGAACACAAAAUUGUCAUUUUUGUUACAGUCACUGAGAUAGACGUCCAGAGAGAACGACUGUAAUGAUAGGAUUACUGGCACUUAAACUGGAGACAGAACACCGGUCACACUCACUACCAAACUGUGUAACGAGUGUAAUGACUGAACGCUGAUGACUCAGUAUGCAUGGAGUCAUUGUUAUAAAAAUGUGUUUAUUCACAGUGUAUUUUGUUGACAUCUUUAAUAAAAAAUUUAGACGUGACUGUGUAUUCUUAAUUGAUUAACCUCCUUUAAAAUCCCUUCUAUUAAACUUUGAUUUCAUGCUUAGCUGUAACAAUAAAAGGAAAAUCCAUGCUUGAAUGAUUUGC